UCUACACCGGAAGUAGAACAUUUGUGGAGCAUUUCGAGUUCCAUUCAGCCAUAGUUACGCCAGUGGACACAUGUCCGUGUUUAAGUCCUUAUGUUAGGCGUCAGAAGGAAAUAUUCUUAACAGUCAGCAUACUUUUGAUAAAGAUUAGACAAUAUUUUGAAAAUGGCACACCUGAGUAAAAGCCCGGCCGAUAAAGAAAGGUUUCUGUGUUUAUACCCUGCAUACAUUAACAGUAAGAAGACGAUAGCAGAAGGCCGAAGAAUACCGACUGAAAAGGCGGUGGAAAAUCCUACGUGUUGUGAAAUCCGAGAUGUGUUGACUGCAGCAGGACUGAAUGUUUUUGUCGAGAACAAGAUGUACCCCCGAGAGUGGAACCGAGAUGUUCAGUUCAGGGGUCGGGUCCGAAUCCAGCUGAAGAAGGAUGAUGGAAGCCUUUGCAACGAGAAAUUCUCCUCCCGUAAAGACAUCAUGUUUUAUGUUGCUGAGAUGAUUCCCAAGUUGAAGACGAGGACCCAGAAAAGUGGAGGCAGUGACCAGAAUUCUCAGCAAGGAGAAGGAGGCAAGAAGAGCAAGAAGAAGAAGAAGUAGUUCUAUUACACUUGUAUAUAUUUAACUUGGUUCACUGAAAGCCAAAAAGCCAUUCAUCUGUGCAACAUGGUUUGUGUGUGUGUCUGCAACUAUCACCACUGGGGACUGGGUGGUGUUUGAAUGGUAGUCAAAGAGUGGGGUGCGUUUUAAAAAAAAAAAAAAAAAAAGGGCAGGGGGAGUGAGGCCAAGAUAUCUUUGUGUUAAUUUCUUGUGCUUCUGUUGAAACACAUGAGAAUCAAAUAUAUUUUACCAACAAAGAUCUACCCGUGCAAAUGUAUGCAAUUGAUGCGCAUCCCUAUGGUUGUCUUGUUUUCCCAGUUAUAUUGUUCAGAAUGUUUGAGUUGACAGAUUAAACUGUUUGUGUUUUGUGAAUAGAUAGAUUUCACAAAUAAAAAUAGGAAUGAAACCUUUUCUUCCAGAUUAACAAAGGACUCAUAGGUCAGAUUUUGUUAAAUGUUCUAAUUCCACAACUUGUCACUGUGAUGACCGUGUUUUGAGUUACUUUUCUGAUUUUUAAACUCACUUUUAGCAAAUGUUGUCUCCAUCAAUGCAGUACAUUAUGGAACUAGAUAUUAUUUUUAACUUGUCAUUCUCAUUGCCGUAUUUCACUAUUCAAUUCACUCAUUACAGUUGUAUUGUAUAGCAUAUAUUUUUCUGACUACAUAACCUUUAGCAGGCUUGCCCAAGCAAUAGUUGGCAUUCUUUCUUCUGGAUUAGCUCAGAUAAUUAACUAAUUGGUAGCCACACACAGAGUAUAAAGGCGAGCAAAGUUGGCUUGGUGGAUAACAAUGUUGUUUCUUCACUGUGGGAUUCUAGGUUAGAAUUUGGCUCAGUAUUUGCAUGUAUGGAGUCAAUAUAUCUGUUCAUUUGGCUGGUUUUUGCUCACAUUCAAAAAGCUUGACAUUGAAAAUAGUGCAGUUCACAUUCCAUGUAUCAAGAUCUGAAAGUGUUAAACAUGUUUCCUUUUAAGAAAUGUAAACUGUAUUUUUACUAUUUACUGAGUAACAACAGGAUUGGUAAAGGCCUUCACCAGUUUCCGAGAGACUGACCAAAAGUAUUUAGAUUUCUGGAUAAAUGUCUAUUGUUGUCA